UAUGCGAAAUCUUUUUGAAACAGAAUAUAUUCUUGAUGAUCCUUUAGCUUCAUUUAUUUCACAUUCUUCUUCAAAUAGCAAUCAUAAAAAUGUUUUAAAAUCUAAAUUAGAUGCAGAUUUUUUUGAUGAUAAUGAUAAUAAUAUCGAUGAAUUGGAACAAUAUAUAUCUGAAAAAUCUAUCAACAAAGAAAUUGAUAUUUUGGCUUGGUGA